UCAAAUCAAACGCUUCCGCCUUCCAUUGCAUUUGCCUGUGCUUCGUUUUUGUGAAGACUAGUCGCUUCUGGGUGUCAAUUCGGUUGUAGGGAUUUGAUUGGAGAGAUGAUGGACGGUGGACUCGCAAGGAUAAAGAAGUGGGUAGUAUUGUACCCGGUCUACAUCAAUUCCAAGAAGACUGUAGCUGAAGGAAGGCGAAUCGGGGUCUUAAAAGCUUGCGAGAAUCCGACAUGUGGCGAGAUCGCCGAUUGCUGCAGUCACCUUAAAAUCCCUUUCGCCAUCGAGAUUGAUAAGGCAUAUCCGCGCGAUUUCAUGCAAAUUGGGAGAGUUAGGGUUCUGUUGAAACGGGAAGAUGGGUCAUUUUUCAAUCCAGCCAUUACUUCAAGAAAACAGCUGAUGCUCCACGUUGCGGAGUUGGUUCCUAAACAUCCUGGGAGGACUAAGAAGCAGGAAUCUGCAUCGGCAUCAGCUGCUGGAAGUGGAACAUCCAAGUCAGGCAAGGGUGGAAAGAAGAAGAGAUAAUACGUAACAUUUCAAAUUCGCAGCACACCCAUAUUUUAGGUUUCAUUACCAUCUUCUUGAGUUUUAAAUUGUAACAUUGAUCAAGCACAGGCUUUCUUCCAUCGGUCAUUGAGUUUCUCGAAAGAGUUUUAAAACCAAGGGCAUGAAACAUCUACAUCUUUUUGAAGAGCUUGUUUUCUCUUCAUGUCGAUCUCAAGAAUAAUCACACCACCCUCUCUGUAGAA